UGGGUCUGCGUGAACGCGUCGCGGUUGAGCUCAAGUCCUUCCUGUGAAGGCUUCUGCGUUUACCAGUUUGGGCUCGACGCUGUGCAGGUACAGCAGCUACACAGUAAAGAUGGGAGAAGAGGCCAAUGAUGACAAGAAGCCAACAACUAAAUUUGAACUAGAGCGAGAAACAGAACUUCGCUUUGAGGUGGAGGCAUCUCAGUCAGUUCAGUUGGAGUUGCUGGCUGGCAUGGCAGAAAUCUUCGGCACAGAGCUGACCCGAAACAAGAAAUUCACCUUUGAUGCUGGAGCUAAGGUGGCUGUUUUCACUUGGCAUGGCUGUUCCCUGCAGCUGAGUGGCCGCACUGAAGUGGCUUAUGUCUCCAAGGACACCCCUAUGCUGCUCUACCUCAACACUCACACAGCUUUGGAACAGAUGCGGAGGCAGGCAGAGAAAGAAGAAGAACGAGGCCCCCGGGUGAUGGUAGUAGGACCUACUGAUGUGGGCAAGUCUACAGUGUGCCGUCUACUGCUCAACUACGCAGUGCGUCUGGGCCGCCGACCCACAUAUGUGGAGCUGGAUGUGGGCCAGGGCUCUGUGUCCAUCCCUGGUACCAUGGGGGCCCUUUACAUUGAGCGGCCAGCAGACGUUGAAGAGGGCUUCUCUAUCCAGGCCCCUCUGGUCUAUCAUUUUGGCUCCACCACUCCUGGCACCAACAUCAAGCUUUAUAAUAAGAUUACAUCUCGUCUAGCAGAUGUGUUCAACCAAAGAUGUGAAGUGAACCGAAGGGCCUCUGUUAGUGGCUGUGUCAUUAACACCUGUGGCUGGGUCAAGGGCUCUGGCUACCAAGCGCUGGUGCAUGCAGCCUCAGCUUUUGAGGUGGAUGUGGUCGUAGUUCUGGAUCAAGAACGGUUGUACAAUGAACUGAAACGGGACCUGCCUCACUUUGUACGCACUGUGCUGCUCCCUAAAUCGGGGGGUGUGGUUGAGCGCUCCAAGGACUUCCGGCGGGAAUGUAGGGAUGAGCGUAUCCGUGAGUACUUCUACGGAUUUCGAGGCUGUUUCUAUCCCCAUGCCUUCAACGUCAAGUUUUCAGAUGUGAAAAUCUACAAGGUUGGGGCACCCACCAUCCCGGACUCCUGUUUGCCUCUGGGCAUGUCUCAGGAAGACAAUCAGCUCAAGCUGGUACCUGUCACCCCUGGCCGAGAUAUGGUGCACCACCUCCUGAGUGUUAGCACUGCUGAGGGCACAGAGGAGAACCUUUCAGAGACAAGUGUGGCUGGCUUCAUCGUGGUGACGAGUGUGGACCUGGAGCAUCAGGUGUUUACUGUCCUCUCUCCAGCCCCCCGCCCACUGCCUAAGAACUUCCUUCUUAUCAUGGAUAUCCGAUUCAUGGAUCUUAAGUAGAGAUCACCCAGAAACCUUGCUGCCUGAGGCAUGGAGAUAUUCUGGCCUUCCCCAAAGGCAGAUGGGCUGAGAGAUGAGAAUCUGGUGCGGCCAGGCUGACCAGUAAAGGAUGGAGUAGUAGAAAGCAUACAUUCUAUCUUUUAAAACAGGUGGUGGUAACCCGUCUUCUAAUCUUGAAACAAAAGGAAAACCAUGAGAAUAUAAUUGGUUUCUUAGAUUACCUAAGAUGCCAAUUGGAAUUCUCUGAGACCCUGGAGAAUCCCAUUUCUUUCACUGUGCUAUUAUGUGGACUAAUUUUUAGGAGGGGUAUUUUUUUUUUUUUUUAAAUCCCUGCUUUAUAUUCCAUAUACAGUACUUGCUAUCUCAUUUAUUCAGGAUGAAAAUGAAUAGAGGGACUCAUUCUAGUAAAGUUCAAAUUUAAAACAAAUUAUUUUAAUAAAUAUUUUUGUCAUGUCACAGAAAUUGGUACAAUUUUUUAAAUUUUUUUCCUAAGCAUUAUAGUAACAAUGUUGGAAUGAUUUAUUGUUAAAUGCUUAGAGGAUGGGAAAGCCAAGGAUGACCUGUGAGUCACGCAGGUGAGAUUUUAUGAUUUAUCUUUUGCAUUUAGGUAGAGUAAACAUGCUAAAUCUGUUGUCAGUACUGGGUUUACUGUUGGGAAUUAAAGUGUCUGGUGAGACUCUGGAGAUGAGAUUUCAGAUCUAAUCCUCUUCCAGAAAUGACUCAUUUUCUUUGAGUUGCAGCUAUCUCUUCCCUAUUGUCUAUUUGAUUGGAACCUGAGCUGUCAGGUGUUAAGAAGCUGAAACAGCCCAUUCUUUGAUAUCUUGCAAGAGAUUGGUGUCCCUAGUUUGGAUUUGGAUUAUUUAACAGGCAUAUGAUGCCAUUUAUCCGUCCGUUCGUUCUUUCAACAAAUAUUCAUUGAUCAUCCACUAUUUGCCAGGGACCAUUCUAGAUGGGGAACAAGAUAGAGUUCUUAGGGAGCUUAUAUAAUAGAAUAGACAAAUGAAAAAGGAUAAGUGCUAGGCAGAGACUUAAAAUUUGGAUAAUAUGGGAGAGAUGAGAGAGAGGAGGCUACUUUAGCUUGAGUGGUCAGGAAUGGCCUCUGUAAGCACACAUUCCAUUCUAAGACUUGGAAGCCUGUGUGAAUUUUGGGGUAAAACCUUAAACAGUGCAGCACCUUAAGAAAGGACCAAGGUUCAUUGUGGAAAAAGGAAAAGCUGGUGUGGUUACAGUGUAAUGAACUCGGGAGAGUGGUACAAAAUGAAGUUGGAGGGGGCAGCAAUGUAGGACUUUUGAAAAUCAGAGUGAAGAAUUUGGAUUUUACUCUUUAAGAGCAGUGGGGAAGGGUGGUUUAGCAGAGGAAUGAUAUCUAAUUUACAUUCUGAAAAGAUCACUGCUGCUUGAAGAGUGAUAAUAGAGGUGAGAGUAGAAGCAAGUAUACAAGAGACUUUUGUGGUAUUCUCAGUGUGGGAAUUGAUGGGGGUGGGGGAUCCAGGCCAGCAGAGGUGGAGUUGGUGAGUAGAUUGCUUUGGGUUAAUUUGUAGGUAAAAUUGAUAGGACUUGCUGAGGAAAAGGGAUGAAUCUGGUGAGUUAGGGAAAGUCCAGGCUGAAGGCGGCUCAUGGAAACCACUAACCUAUGGAGGGCAUUUAAAGCAGUAAUACUGAAUGAAGUCACUUAGGGAAUGUGCAAAUAGAAAAGAAAAGGGGGGCAGAGUACAGAAUUCCAGGGCAUUUCAAACUUAAGUGGUCAAUUUAUAGUAGUAGGAGCUGGCCAAGGAGACUUGGCUAUGGAUAAGGAAGCAUGGAUGUCAGUGUUGACUUUGAAGAAUGUAGUCCUAGAAUGGUGAGGCUAAAAGCUCUAUAGAAAUAGAUUGAAGUGAUAAUGUAAACUGAGAAAGCAGAGAUAACAGCUAUAGACAGCUCAGGAAGCUUUGCUAAGAAAGUAGUGAAGGGGCAGUAGUCCUGGGGGACAUGGGGUCAAGGGAGGCUUUUUUUUUAAAAAAAACUAUAGGAUGGUUCCUAUCAAUGGAUAUUAGAAGAAGAUAAAAUAAUGAUGGGUAUGUGUGCAUUCCUAACACUUCCAUUUUUUUCUGUAUUUCAUUUUUCAAAUAAAACAUCAAAGAAGAAAUUAGGAAGAAAAUGCAAGAGUGAAAUUGUUUUAUAGACAAGAAGGGAUGGGCUCCAGAGCACAAGUGGAUUUAACACAAAUAGGUCAUUGGUGGUUUGGGUGCUGAAAAGACAAGAGUAUUCUCUCUGAUUACUUCUAAACCCAACAGUGGCAUUUUAUUCUUGUAUGUUUGCUAACUAGUGAAUUGAAUUAACCGUGAUCCUUGGUUUGCCAUCUAUAGGCAUGAGAGAAAGUAAAUGAAGGGGAUUUCAGAAAGUAUAGACAAGCUACACUAGAAAAACUACAAUGUAAUUAUUUGAUACCCCUAGCAAGGUAAUUUAAGUUUGGUGGACUGGUUAUCCCAUUGUCUGAGCCUAGGUUUUUCUGUGGAUUAUUUUUCAGAAGUGGCUGGCAGAGUAAACUUUAUCUUCUAUUAAACAUUCUUUCCAAGAAAUAGCUUACAGGAUCCUAGGGAAUAAUAGAUACUUGGUGAAAACUGGUCAAAGCAACCUCAGAAUGGUGGUUUAUGCCGUUGUUAGUGCUCCACUUAAGAAAGACUUGGCAUACGGUAGUCUAGUGUUGCUGGGGAGUUCAUUAAAAUGUGUGGUUGGAUGAUGGAAGGUAGAAUUUUUUCCCCUUCAUUCGGCUCUGUAUAUUCAGAAGACGUUACUAUUUACAGGGUCUUAGUUCAAAGUAGGAAAAGAAAGAUACCUAAUCUGUAAGGCUGCAGAAAUGAAGCCUUAAGAUCCAAGAAAAAUAUGCAACAGAAAAUGAAAUUAGAUUUCAUCCCAAGGAAAUAUUAAGAUUUGCAUGUGUAGAAUCCUCUGUAAAUAACGGGAAAUCGUAUCUCUUCAAUAAUACCUUAAAUGUACUCUUUAUAAAGUUUGA